AUGUUAGCUUUGUUUGCUGAGAAGAAUAAUUGUGAUGUUGAAAUAUAUACAGAGCCAAAAUUAUCAAUGGGUGAGAAGACUUAUAUAAAGAGGUUAAUAGAGAAACAAAAAGGACAUGAAAGUGUUGAGGAAAGUGUUGAGGAAAAUGUUGAGGAAAGUGUCAAGGACAGUGAAUCAAGUGAAGACUCUUUGGAUAUUAUACACUUUGAAGAUAGUGAAAAAGAGAGAAUGCAUGAUUUUGAUGAAGACCUUGAUGAAGGGUUAGUUUAUGAUCUUUAUUCGCCAUGGUUUGUUAAACCUAUUGUCAUAAAUGCAUGUUUGAGUAAUGAUGUUAAACCUAAGUCUCACAAUCUCUCUAAGCCAGCUCUUGCUACAGAUUCAGAAACAAAUGUGUGCAUGGCAUCCCCAAUUCAGAUUGCAAGACCACCUGUUAAACGACGACGACGCAAAAACAUAUCUCCCCGUAAUUUGCCAAAGAUUACUGAUCAAGAACUAACGCAAUUAUCUGGAGAUUUAAAUUCCACCAUUGUGCCAUUGUUUGAGAAGACAUUGUCUGCGAGUGAUGUUGGUCGACUUGGUCGCAUGGUUCUUCCGAAACCAUGUGUUGAAGCGUAUUUUCCUCCGAUUUCUGAACCAGGGGGAAUUUAUUUACAUAUUGAAGACGUGAAAGGGAAGAAACUGAUGUUUAGAUUUAGAUUUUGGCCAAAUAAUAGUAGCAGGAUAUAUGUUUUAGAAGGUGUACAUCCUUGGAUUCUCUCUAUGCAGUUGCAAGCUGGAGAUUUUGUAACAUUUAGCCGGAUGGACCCCGGGGAGAUACUAAUAAUAGGGUUUCGAAAGACAUCAAAUUCUUCUACGCAGGUGCAUGAAAUUACUUUGCCUAAAGGCAUGAAAAGAGAGGGAAUGCAUCUUCCACAAGAGCUUGUUCCUGAGAAGAAACAAAAAACAUGUGACAUUGGUUCGAAAAGUAGGAGGCUGGUUAUUGAUAACCAAGAUGCAUUGAUGUUGAAGCUUACUUGGGAAGAGGCACAAGAUUUUAUUCAUCCAUCACCAAUAGCUAAUUCGAACAUUGUUGUGAUUGAGGAUCGUGUUUUUGAAGAAUAUGAAGAACCUCCUAUCAUUUCAAAGAGAGGAAUAUUCAUAAACGGGAUGAAUGAGAAAUGGAUACAGUGUGAUAAGUGCUCAGAAUGGAGGAAGUUGGGAUCUGUGGAGAAUUUAUCGGAACAGCGAAGGUGCUCAUGUUCUGCUCCCAUGAAUUGAACCUAAGGAAUGUUGUUUUCAGAUACUUUUAAACCAUAGAUAAGACUCUGAUCUACAUGGCCUAUGCAAAGAACACAAUGAUAUCAACUGAUCUAUGUAGCUCAACCACAUCUAGUGGGAGAAGACUUUGAUUGUGGUUACAACAUAUUCAUAAUUUAGAUUUGCUUAGAAAUAGUGGUAGAUUAUGGUUCUCAAAUAGGUUUUCUAUUCAAACUUGUAUU